CCCAUCCCAACUUGAUAUCCUUUUCUCUUUUGAAAGAAAACUAACCCUAGUCCAUUCAUUGAUUUCCUAGCCCAUUUCCUAACCCUAAACAACUAUUCAUUCUGUCGCAAACCAAACCCCCAAACCCCUCAACUUGGCGAAAAUAGUUACUCAAGUGAACGACGACAGCCGUGCCGCUGCAAAUUAAGUUAGGGCAAGUUUCAGACGACACAAUCUGCUUCGACACUCCGCAGGGCGCAGCCUGCGCUAUCGCCUCAGGUGACAAGUGGAGGAAUGGAUGCUGUUAACGAAGUAGCCUACAGCCCCCCAGCAGGUUACCAGGAGGAUGCGAAGGAUCCACUUGUUGAACUUAAUUUAAGUGACUCGACUGAGUUUUGGCUCAUCCAAUGGCCAAUUAAUCAACCUCCUGAUUUUGAUGGGCAAGAACUGACGCUGAAGCUUCACCGUGAUGGACAGUUGGGCAGUUUCGAGGGUUCAUCUGGAAAAUCCUAUCACAUGGUCAGUUUUGCCGCUCAUGAUCCAGAUGCAACAGUUUUUGUAUCUUCCAAAUCUGAACCAAAAAUUGCUGGGAAGAUUUCACGGCGUGUCUCCCUCGUCCAUUACCCAGAUCCUAAUGAACUUCAAAAACAUGACACAAAGAAUCUGAAACAGAUGUACCAGAGAUCUUCUGGAACUUCCUUGACCAAUUCACCCCGUCAUUUUGCAACUCCUUCUCAAGGUUUCAGGCCACGAAAAUCAAAAGCAGCAACUAGCAGUGCAGUCUCUACGAAAAUCACAAACAGCAAUGGUAGCAGACAAAGAAGUUCUGUAUCUGAGGUAGAGGAACCAUCAGACCCUCCAAAGAAAAUACGCACAGUUCGACCUACCAGCUCCACGGACCACUCUACUCAAGACUCAGGACGAGUUCAUAGUGUGGUUACCUCUUCUGGUUCCUUGGAGCAUUCUAAUGAAAGGAAAUCAAAGAAGAGAAGGAAAAAUGUGGAGUAAGGUGUGCCACUUGCCCAAUGCUUGGUGUGACACUGGGUAAGGGAUUACAUCGGCUUUGAUACAAUUGUAACGGAUAGGUGUAUGCAAAUUUUAGGGGUGCAACUUGGGCACCCCAGGUUGGCCAACUGCAGUUCAGCCUGAUUUUUCAUGAGUUUGGAAAACUAGUUCUAUGAUUAGGGUUAGACUUGGGUUGAAAAAUCUCAACCCGUAUUUAUUAUAUACAUGUAUUUUAACUUGUGAUUGUACUCUUCUUUUCAACCUCCUUUUGUUUAAGUAGUAAUUUAUUGUAUAUUAAUACUUCGGAGAAUUAAUUUUUAAGAAUUUGUUUGUAUUUUUUAGGAAA